AUGCCGGGACGAUCGACUACCGAAGCCAUUCAUCUUAUGCGAAGACUGGUAGAAAAGUAUAGAGAAAGGAAGAGAGACCUACAUAUGGUGUUCAUUGACCUUGAAAAGGCCUAUGACAAAGUACCGAAGAAUAUCCUCUGGAGGUGCUUGGAGGUUAAAGGUGUCCCGAUGAUUUAUAUUAGGGCGAUAAAGGACAUGUACGGUGGAGCCAAGACUCGAGUUAGAACGGUUGGAAGAGACUCGGACAUUUCCCAGUUGAGAUGGGGCUGCACCAAGGAUCAGUCCUUAGCCCUUUUCUAUUUUGCUUUGGUGAUGGAUGAGUUGACGCGGUCUAUUCAGGAGAAGGUCCCAUGGUGUAUGUUAUUUGCGGAUGACAUAGUACUGAUUGAUGAGACGCGGGACAGAGAUAAUGCGAGGUUGGAGGUGUGGAGACAAACGCUGGAGUCAAAGGGUUCAGGUUGA